UUUUGCGCCACUCCUGCCGCAAUUGUGUUCACGCAGCACGCAGUUUAGUAUAGUUUAGUAAGCCACCGUCGAUCGACGAGGGAGCAUCGUGCAGUUCGUGCAUCGUUCAGUAUUACUUAUGAUUGCGCUUUACGCGAGUGCCACGUAUAUACAUAUUCGACUGCAGUCAUGUCGCUGAGCAGUGAGGAUGCUUUGCCACCGCCAAAUAAAAAAUUAAUGACUUGUGCAAACGUAUCUGAACAAGCGCAUCAUGUAUCCAGAGCAAAACGGGGACAAGCAAUCGGCAGUAUUCGAGGUUUUCGAGGUUGCACAGUAUGGCUAACUGGACUCUCAGGUGCUGGCAAGACUUCCAUCUCAUUCCAGGUAGAAGCUAUCUUAGUGAACCACGGUAUUCCAGCUUACAGUCUAGACGGCGAUAAUGUCAGAAGCGGUUUGAAUUGCAACCUGACCUUCAGCAAACAAGAUAGAAAGGAAAAUAUUAGAAGAGUAGCUGAAGUAGCGAAACUCUUCGCCGAUAGUGGACAAAUUUGUCUCUGUAGCUUUGUCUCACCUUUUGAAGAGGAUAGACAAAUGGCAAGGCAAAUUCAUAGAAAAGCUGACUUGCCUUUCUUCGAAGUGUUCGUAGAUACACCUUUGCAGGUUUGCGAAGCCCGUGAUACCAAGGGUCUCUAUAAAAAAGCCCGGCAAGGCACCAUUAAAGGCUUCACUGGCAUUGAUCAAAUGUAUGAGAGGCCUACAAAACCUGAUUUAGUUGUUAAAACCGAGGAUUGCACUCCUGAAGAAUCCGCCGCGACUGUAAUUGAACUUUUAGAGCAGCAUCAUAUUAUUCCACAGAUUCAAAACCCGAUUAGAGAACUAUUCGUGCCAGAUUCGAAAUUGGCUUCCACGAAAAUGGAAGCAGAAACUCUGCAAUGUGUGGAAAUUAGUGAACUUGAUGUGCAAUGGCUACAGAUUCUAGCAGAAGGAUGGGCGACACCAUUAACUGGCUUCAUGAGGGAGCAUCAAUAUCUUCAGGCUCAACAUUUGCGAUGUUUGCUCGAAGAUGGUAAGGAAGUAAACCAAUCGAUACCAAUCGUUCUCGCGAUAAACACAAGUGAUAAGAAUCGUUUGGAAGGUUCUUUCGCUGUAACUUUGAGACACAAAGGCAAAAUUUUGGCAAUUCUACGAAAACCAGAAUUUUAUUUUCAUCGAAAAGAAGAGCGCUGUAGUUGGCAGUUUGGCACUAACAACUUGGGUCAUCCAUAUAUUAGAAUGAUUUAUGAUUCUGGCGACUGGCUGAUGGGCGGCGAUCUCGAAGUGCUGGAGAGAAUUAGGUGGCACGACGGACUCGAUAAAUACAGACUAACACCGAAUGAAAUUCACGCCAAAUGCAGAAAGAUGAAUGCCGACGCUGUGUUUGCCUUUCAAUUAAGAAAUCCCAUUCAUAAUGGACAUGCACUGCUUAUGCAGGACACGAAGAGGUUGCUGGAAGAACGAGGUUUCAAAAAUCCAAUACUCUUACUUCAUCCACUCGGUGGUUGGACGAAAGAUGAUGAUGUGCCUCUAUAUACCAGAAUUCUGCAACAUAAAGCAGUUUUAGAGGAGGGUGUGUUAGAUGCUAAUUCAACACUCCUAGCUAUCUUCCCCAGUCCAAUGAUGUAUGCAGGACCAAUUGAGGUACAAUGGCAUGCAAAAGCAAGAAUGAAUGCUGGCGCCAACUUCUAUAUUGUAGGCAGAGAUCCUGCAGGUAUACCACAUCCUAAUAAAGAUGCUACUCCUGAUGGCAAUUUGUAUGAUCCCAGUCAUGGUGCCAGGGUGCUCUCUAUGGCUCGAGGACUUCAUAAUCUCGAAAUAAUCCCUUUCAGGGUAGCCGCCUAUGACACACAAAAUGGCAAGAUGGCAUUCUACGAACCAGAACGAAAGCAAGAUUUUGAGUUUAUUUCGGGAACUAAAAUGCGAGGAUUAGCAAAAGCAGGACAGAAUCCCCCAAAUGGUUUCAUGGCACCUAAAGCGUGGCAAGUGCUUGUACAAUAUUAUCAAAGUCUAGACAAGAAUUAAACUUGGAUUUGCUAAUGAGUAACAAAAGUUAGAUUUUCACUCAAUUUUAGACGAAUUUUUAUGAUAUUUUAUUUAAGAUGCAUUUAUUGUGUAUGUGCGUGCG